CUUCUUCCCUCCUCGGAUCCACACUUCCCUCUCUUCUCUUCCCCUCGCGCCUCAUCCAAACCAAACCCACUCCCGCAUCUCCCCAUCUCAACAACCGCCGCCGCCGCCACCUCGCCAUCCAUGGCCGCCGCCUCCGACUCCGACCCCGCCGCCCACCCUCGCGACGACCCCAGCCUCCCCUUCGCCUCCUUCUCCCUCUCCCUUUCCCUCCGCUCCCCCACCAUCCCCGCCACCCUCGCAUCCGUCCCCUCCGCCAUCCACCUACCCACCCAAGUCUCCACCCUCGCCGUCUGCCUCCACCCCUCGGCCGCCUCCUCCUCCCCGCGCCGCUCCACCCGCCUCAACGCCGCCGCAGCCUCCCUCCUCUCCCCGUUCCCCGCCUCCACGCCCAGCCUCUCCCGCUCCUUCCCGUCCGGUGCCCCCGGCGCCGCCGGUCGCCGCCGCACGCUCGUAUGGUUCCGAGCUGACCUGCGCCUCCACGACCACGAGCCUCUCCACGCCGCCGUCGGCGCCUCCUCCUCCCUCCUCCCCGUCUUCGUCUUCGAUCCCCGCGACUUCGGCAAGUCCCCCUCGGGCUUCGACCGCACCGGACCUUACCGCGCCAAUUUCCUGCUCGACUCCGUCGCCGAUCUGCGCCGGAGUCUCCGCGCGCGCGGCGGCGACCUGGUGGUGCGGGUGGGGAGGCCCGAGGUUGUGAUCCCCGAGCUCGCGCGGGCUGCCGGAGCAGAGGCUGUGUACGCGCAUGGGGAGGUGUCGCGGGACGAGUGCCGCACCGAGGACAAAGUGAGCCAGGCGAUAAAGAAGGAGGGUGUUGAGGUCAAGUACUUCUGGGGCAGCACGCUGUACCACAUGGACGAUCUGCCCUUCAGGCUCGAGGACAUGCCAUCUAACUAUGGCGGUUUCAGGGAGGCCGUGAAAGGCUUGGAGGUUAGAAAGGUGCUGGACGCUCCAGAGGAGGUCAAGUGUGUGCCCAUGAAGAAUGUUCUCGAACCUGGCGAUAUCCCCACGCUUGGUGAGCUUGGACUCUCUGCGCCGCCAGCUAUGGCACAGGACUCGAAAUCUGCUGUUGGUUCAACUCUCAUUGGUGGCGAGGCAGAAGCUCUCGAGAGGUUGAAGAAGUUUGCUGCAGAAUGUUGUAUGCAGCCAAACAAAUCAGCGAAAGAUAGUACACGGGAUAGCAUCUAUGGUGCUAAUUUCUCCUGCAAAAUUUCCCCAUGGCUUGCUACUGGGUGCCUCUCUCCACGAUUCAUGUACGAGGAGUUAAAGAAAACAAUUAGAGCAAUUCCCUCCGGGUCAGCACCCAAGAACGGUGAUGGAACAUCCGACGCCGGGACAAAUUGGUUAAUGUUUGAGUUGCUAUGGAGAGAUUUCUUCAGGUUUGUCACCAAGAAGUACAGUUCUGCACAGAAGACAUCUGAAGUUGCACCUGCCACUGGUUGCACUCCCUCCCCUGCGUUUGUGUGAGCAUGAACGUAAUUAGCCAAGCAGAGAGACAGCUUCUGAGCUUCUGAUUUUUUGUUUCUAUUUUGUGACCAACUUAUGCAACCUUUCAGUGGAGUGUGAAUUGUUUCCAAUAAAUGUUGCUAGCGGAAAGUGAUGCCCCAAGUAAGCUGUUCCUGCAUUAUGGACCAAUUUGAUCUCACAAGAGAUCCUUUUAUCUGUCGACAUAUUGUGAAGGACUAUUGCAUAGAGCAACCCUGAAUGCCUGCUUCAGUUUUGUUUUCUUGGAAUGGAAUAAAGUAGAAAUUGAACAGAA